GGGAGGAGAACUGUUUCGUUUACUAACAGUUCUCCUCCCUGUCAGUUAAGGCACACUGCUUUGGAUGGCUGUGCACAGCACAGUCAUCCAAAGCAGUGUGCUUACAGUGAAGCACACAUAAAACACUCCCUGCACACAGUUAACCCUUUGAUCGCCCCUCAUGUUAACCCCUUCCUGUCCAGUACCAUUAGUACAGUGUUAGUGCUUUUUUUAGUACUGAUAACUGUAUUGGUGUCACUGGGGAUGUCAGUGACAUCAAGUCAGUUCCCCCCAGUGUCAGAAUGUUCGCACAGUCCCACAAUAAGUCACUGAUCGCCACCAUUACUACUACAAA